AUGCCUUCCACCAGAGGUGACAUCCCGGACAUCAUCUCACUGUCCUCGACAACGCUGAGAAGGUUCGCUGGAGCAAAAGUCGACCCUUACGUUCGCUAUGUCGCUUUCUUGCUCCUCCGCGAUCUCAAGAUCGGCAUUGCGGGUCAGCGGAACAUGAACAAUGCUCUCAGCAACCUUCCAGUUCAUCUGUCGGUCGCCCCAGCUGACAAGUUAUGCUUCGGUUGGGGUCCGUCGCACGUUAUCUAUGACCGGGCCGUUCACGAAGAUGAGGGUUCUUAUGAUCAUCUCGCCGUGAUGCUUGCCCUGACCGAGACAUUCCGUGAGACCUACGGGGCAUUGGUGCUGAUGGAGAUGUCGUCGGCGGCGGCAGGAGCAGCAGCAGGGCCAGACGAUUUCACGCCUCAUUUCGCCCAGUGGAAAGCCGCGCUGCAUGGGUGCAACGGCGCUCUUGCCUCGACGGACUUUGGACUCCUUGUGGAGGACUAUAUCCAACUAUACCCCUAUACCAUCGUCAACCUGGGCCGCUUGGAAUCCCUGAUCCCGCCUAAAGUGGUUGCUGAGGCGCUGUCUGCACUCCUCGAAGUUACCAGCGGAAGACAAAGCAAGGUCACGUUUACCGGAAGUGCGGUCACCGGCUGGAUAGGCGCGUUGGCCGAAUGGCUCUGUGAUCUGCCACUCGCCGUGUACCAGACGGGUGGACAGCAACUUCGCCGAACGCACACAGACAAGGAGCCCCAGAUAACACUGGUCUUCGUGGAGAAACCCGGCCUCACGUUUUCUUUUGAAAAGAGAGAUUUAGGUUCGCCUAGAAUUGCUGACUUGUCGCUCGUAGACAGGACUUAUUCUUCGGCGGUGCACGCAACUCCAUUCGGAGGUCGAGUGGCAUGGCAGUCCCUCCUUCCCAGAGUGUUUGGCAAGAGCUUUCAUUACCUCGACCACGAUGAGUCGAGAGCCUUUGCGACCAUGAUGGGUAGUGCUGCUAAAAUGUUUGAAGGCCUUGCUCUCGGCAGAGGGCACGAAGAACACAACGACCUCGUGUCAACCCAGAACCAGAAUAACAGCGCAUCCUACGGUGCCGGGUUAAUCGUCACCUUGACGAAUUGGCUUCCUGAACUUCGCCGCUUUGAGGGAAGAAUGGAGAAGCAGCUGAAGUCGUCCCACGAGAACGCGGCGGCAACCUACGUCGAACAGCUGACAAGGAUUAGAAAGGCCUGCCAUUGUGGCAUCUGCACAGCAAAGGAGCACCUUGUGGACGGCCAAGAUGGCGUGCCGCCGUCUCAUGGCUACUGUCUCGCCGUGCUGGUCGAGACCAUCAUCGCUCUCGGGCUAUCCUUGUCCAGAAUGACAGUAGCACCGCGACUGUAUCCCACACGGUCCGGAAUCCAAAGCUUCUACCUUGGCCAGGUCUCCAAGCGGCUGGAAGCGCGGGGCAUGCACUGGAAAGAACACUUCAAGAUCGUGUAUGGGAACGAAUGGAACGCCCCGGACGCCCGCCGACUUCAGAAUGCCAUCCAGGUCUUUACGGGGUCGAGGCCGACGACGAACAUUCCCGAGAACCUCGUGGCCAUCUCACAUGAAGGCAUCUGUGCAUACUUUGUGGCCAUGGAAAAGGGCUAUUCGUCAGAAAACGUCCAGCAAGUGCAGCUGAUCCGCGUCGUCAGUGGCAGCAUCAACGUCGGCGAGAAGCUGUUUGAUAGGGCAAGCCUUGGGGCCCUUACACGAGCUGAUCCGGACGACCCGUGGGAAGAGUUGAAUUAUGACCACUUGCCCAAGCCGGUGUUCUGCAAAUGA